ACUUUAUGAGGAGCACCCAGGUCACUGGCUUCAUAAACCAUUAUGGGGAUUCCACCUGGACCCUGCAUUCACUAUAUCCGCUCUCCCCGGACCCUGCAUUCACUAUAUCCGCUCUCCCUGGACCCUGCAUUCACUAUAUCCGCUCUCCCCGGACCCUGCAUUCACUAUAUCCGCUCUCCCCGGACCCUGAAUUCACUAUAUCCGCUCUCCCCGGACCCUGCAUUCACUAUAUCUGGUCUCCCCGGACCCUGCAUUCACUAUAGCCGCUCUCCCUGGACCCUGCAUUCACUAUAUCCGCUCUCCCCGGACCCUGCAUUCACUAUAUCCGCUCUCCCCAGACCCUGCAUUCACUACAUCCGCUCUCCCCGGACCCUGCAUUCACUAUAUCCGCUCUCCCCGGACCCUGCAUUCACUAUAUCUGCUCUCCCCGGACCCUGCAUUCACUAUAUCCGCUCUCCCCGGACCCCGCAUUCACUAUAUCCGCUCUCCCCGGACCCUGCAUUCACUACAUCCGGUCUC